AUGGAACAGUGUAUGAUGUGCAUAAAGGUCAUUCAGGUCGGCCUCGAACAGCUACAAGUGAUGAGUCAUCAACGGCAGUCUUGGAACUGUUUCAACGCUCUCCUAACAAAUCUUCAAUCUUCAAGGCGUGAAAGUGAUGUAAGUGCUAGCAGCGUGCUACGCAUUCUGAAGAGAGGCAAGUAUCGUGUUUACAUUCCAAGGCUGGUGCAACAGCUAAAUGACGACGAUCCAGAUCGAAGGUUGCAAUUUUGUGAAUGGAUUCAGGAGAUGGUGAUACGUGAACCGGGAUUUAUGGGUAGCAUCAUUUGGUCGGAUGAAGCCCAAUUCAAACUUAAUGGAACUGUCAAUAGGCACAAUUGUGUUUACUGGGGUGAAGAAAAUCCUCACAUUACAAGUGAAAAAGCUGUAAAUUUGCCUGGUAUAAAUGUGUGGUGCGGUUUGUCUUCAAGGGGACUCAUUGGACCUUUUCGAUUUGAAGGCACUGUAACUGGUAUUAUUUACCUAACAAUGCUUGCUGAUUCCAUAUUUCCUGCCAUUCGUGCAUUAUACGGUAAUGAUGAUUUUUAUUUUCAACAAGAUGGUGCUCCGCCGCAUUAUCACAGGGACGUACGAGCUUACCUGGAUCAAAAUUUGUCGGGCCAGUGGAUAGGACGCAGGGGGCCAAUCGAGUUUCCAGCACGCUCUCCAGACCUUACACCACUGGAUUUCUUCUUGUGGGGCACAGUAAAAGAUGAGGUAUACAAACGUAAAACACGUAACCUAGACAUUCUUUGGAAUGAGAUUCAAGCAGUGUGUAGAGAAAUCUCAUUGGACGUUUUGAUACGAUGUACAGAAUCUGUGGUGACUCGUACUCAGAAUUGUAUUGAUGCUGCAGGUCACCAAUUUGAACAGUAUUAA